AUGGUUGCCGUGGCGGCGCAGGGCCCGAUCCGCGCCGACGCCGUGCCGGCUGCGGCGGCGGCGGAUGCGGCGGGCAAGGCCAGGGAGGACGAGGUGCGGGAGUACAAGAGCGACGUCAGGAAGCUGGAGGAGCUCUUCAAGAAGCUCAACCCCUCGGCCGCCGAGUUCGUGCCGCUCUCGCGCCGCCAGGCAGGCGGCGACGGCAACCGCAGGCUCUCCGCCGACGCGCCCGUCUUCGUCGCCCCCGCCCCCGCCCCCGCCGCCGCCGCGAUCGACUACUACGCGCCGCACCACCCGUUCCACCACCACCCCCAGCAGCAGAUGCACGUGCUGCAGCUCGUCGGCGGCGCCGGGGGUGGGGGCGGCGGCAGGGACUCCAGCAGCGACGGAUCCGCCAGCGGCCAGCCGAAUCGACGGAGAAGGAAUGGCUUCAACCAGGGAAGGCGGAGGAUGGGUGUCCGCCCACGGCGAUCUGAUAGGGAGGACAGUGUGCGGCGAACUGUCUAUGUCUCUGACAUCGAUCAGCAUGUCACUGAACAGAAGCUUGCUGAAGUUUUCUCAAACUGUGGUCAGGUUGUAGAUUGUCGUAUCUGUGGUGAUCCAAAUUCGGUGAUGCGUUUUGCCUUUAUCGAGUUUGCUGAUGACGUUGGUGCAAGAGCAGCUCUAUCACUUGGUGGAACCAUUCUUGGUUUUUAUCCUGUCAGAGUUCUGCCAUCGAAGACUGCGAUUUUGCCUGUGAACCCUAAAUUUCUUCCCCGAACUGAGGAUGAGAAAGAAAUGGUAUCUAGGACUGUGUACUGUACUAACAUUGAUAAAAAUGUUCCGGAAGAGGUUGUGAAGAAAUUUUUUGAGGGAAUUUGUGGUGAGGUUGCUCGACUGAGGCUGCUCGGUGAUUAUGUGCACGCGACAUGCAUCGCCUUUGUUGAGUUUGUUCAGGCAGAAGGUGCUAUUAUGGCCCUGAACUGCAGUGGCAUGCUUCUUGGCUCGCUUCCUGUCAGGGUGAGCCCAUCAAAGACACCAGUCCGUCCCCGUUCGCCUCGUGAGAUGUUGCACUAAAUCUGCUUCUUGUCUGAAGCUGGCGUCCAGGGCAGCAAUUCUGGGCAACAAACCCCUAGUCGUGGCCUUAGAGACUGUCUCGUCCCGGAUCAGUAACUGUCCUUGAAGAGAGUGUUACCCUUUUGGUUAUCUAGGCUAGUAGAAGGCCCUUCCUCGCAGAUGUUUCUUGGAUCAAAUGAGAGACCCAUCUGUAUGUUCUUUGCUGGGAGCUCUAUUUUUACUUUCUUUUUUGUUAUAUCCUUAUUAAUCCGUUUGUUAAUUAUGGAUGGAUGCUGUAGCAGCCUUCGACAGGCAUUGGAACAAUAAUGUCUAUGGCUUGUCCUAUUUGACUUGCUCUGUGAA